GAGGCGCUGCGGCGGCUGCGGCGGCGGCGGCAGCAUCGGUGGCGACUGCUCUUCCUAGCCUGGCGGGGGCGGGGGUCUGGAGGAUGGGGGCGGGAGGAACAACGGGCCGGUGAGGAGCAGCCGCCGCCGUCUCUGCCGUCGCUUGGGCAGCCGCCGCGGGGGUCGCUCCGGGCAGCGCCGAUCGCUCUCGGGCCGUGGCCUCUUCAUCCCCACAUCCCGCCCCAAAGAGGCUGAGGCUGAAUCGCGGCGGGCGACCGGGGGACAGUCCGGCUCGCGGCGGCGCUGCCGGCGGCAGUGACAGUACGGACCCGGCCCGCAGCCCGCUCUCGCCCUCGGCGCCGGCCCGCAGCCACGAUGAACCGGGGCGGCAGCAGCUCGUCGGCCGCCGCCAACUACCUGCUCUGUACCAACUGCCGGAAAGUGCUGCGGAAGGAUACCAGAAUCAGAGCUCAACCCUUGACAAGAGGACCAAGUGCCUUUAUUCCAGAGAAGGAAGUUGUCCAAGCCAAUACAGUGGAUGAACGCACUAACUUUCUUGUGGAGGAAUACUCCACGUCCGGGCGCCUAGACAACAUCACCCAGGUCAUGAGUCUGCACACGCAGUACCUGGAGUCCUUCCUGCGGAGCCAAUUCUACAUGCUGCGCAUGGACGGCCCCCUGCCUUUACCACACAGGCACUACAUUGCAGUCAUGGCUGCAGCUAGACAUCAGUGUUCUUAUUUAAUAAACAUGCACGUGGAUGAAUUUUUGAAGACUGGAGGUAUUCCUGAGUGGUUGAAUGGUUUGGAAUAUGUACCACAAAGACUGAAAAAUCUUAAUGAAAUAAAUAAGCUGCUAGCACAUCGGCCCUGGCUGAUCACAAAAGAGCACAUUCAGAAACUCGUCAAAACUGGAGAAAACAAUUGGUCUCUACCUGAACUGGUCCAUGCCGUGGUCCUACUGGCACAUUAUCAUGCUUUGGCAAGCUUUGUUUUUGGCAGUGGUAUCAAUCCAGAGAGGGAUCCAGAAAUCUCCAAUGGAUUCAGGCUAAUAUCAGUCAACAAUUUCUGUGUUUGUGAUCUUGCAAAUGAUAACAGCAUAGAGAACACAGCCCUUACAGGCAGCAACUAUGGGAUUGUGGAUUCUCUGAGCGAGCUAGAGGCCUUAAUGGAAAGGAUGAAAAGGCUUCAAGAAGAGAGGGAUGAUGAAGAGGCAUCUCAGGAAGAAAUGACCACGCGUUUUGAGAAGGAGAAGAAAGAAAGUCUUUUUGUGGUCGCUGGAGAUACGUUCCAUUCAUUUCCUCAUUCAGAUUUUGAAGAUGACAUGAUUAUAACAUCAGAUGUCUCUCGAUAUAUUGAAGACCCUGGUUUUGGAUAUGAAGACUUUGCUAGACGAGGAGAAGAGCAUUUGCCAACAUUCCGAGCUCAGGACUAUACCUGGGAAAAUCAUGGGUUCUCCUUGGUGAACAGACUUUAUUCUGACAUCGGGCAUCUUCUUGAUGAAAAGUUUCGGAUGGUCUACAAUCUCACGUAUAACACUAUGGCCACCCACGAGGAUGUUGACACGACCAUGCUGCGCAGAGCUUUAUUUAACUAUGUUCACUGUAUGUUUGGAAUCAGGUAUGACGACUAUGACUAUGGAGAAGUCAAUCAGUUACUUGAGCGAAGCCUGAAGGUUUACAUCAAGACGGUGGCCUGCUAUCCUGAGAGGACCACAAAGCGCAUGUAUGACAGUUACUGGCGGCAGUUCAAACACUCGGAAAAGGUUCAUGUAAAUCUCCUUUUAAUGGAAGCACGGAUGCAAGCUGAACUUCUAUACGCGCUUCGUGCCAUAACUCGGCAUUUGACCUGAAGCAUCACCCAAGGAAAAUGUCAUAUGUGUGUAAAGACCUUUUCACAUAAGAUAUACAUCAGAAGCUGUUUGUGAUAUAGCAUCAAAAAUUUUUCAAUUCUCUAGAGUCACAGUUUAGCCGUUUUUGUUUUGUUUUGUCUUUGCGGCUGUAAUGUGCAAUGCUGUGCUUUAUUUUUCUUGAUGCUCAACAUCACUAACAACUGCAGAAUAACACUGAGGAGCACUACUCUGCAUUGUUUAUAGUUGGAGUUUUGGAUACUGACCAUAAAUCAUGGACUUGGUUUGUUAAUGCUUAA